AUGUUGAGAUUGAAUAAACUCAUUCCAACAACAACAUCACUGCUAAAGUCGUCUUAUUCGAGACACUAUGCAUCAGCAACAUCAUCAUCCAAUUCGGACAAAAUGACACCACAAGAGUUGAUCGUCAAUCAGAUAAAGAGUUCACCAAUUCCCAUGAUCAAAGUGUCUGGUUCCGAUAUCGAUGGAGUACUCCGUGGAAAGUACCUCCAGAAGGACAAGUUCACAUCAUCCGUUGACAAGGGCUUUGGAUUCUGCAGCGUCAUCUUUGGUUGGGACUGCGGUGAUGAGACCUAUGACAACGUGUCGUUCACUGGCAAUCACACUGGCUAUCCAGACAUCACGGCCAAGGUGGACCUGUCCACUUUCCGUGAGGUGCCCUGGGAGAACAACAUACCCUCGUUCCUCGUGGACUUUUAUAAGAACGAUGGCACGCCCCUCCCAAUAUGUCCACGUAACCUAUUGAAGAAGGUCAUUGCCGAUUGUAGAGCUGAGGGCUUUGAUCCAAUGAUGGGCAUGGAGUUUGAGUGGUACAACUACUCCGAGACCAACAAGUCCAUCAAGGCAAAGAACUUUACCGACCCCAUCCCAUUGACACCCGGCAUGUUUGGUUACUCAAUGAUCAGAAUAUCCGAGAACUCAAAGUACAUGGAGGAGUUGGCCAAUCUCAAGAACUACGGCAUCCCCCUCGAGGGUCUCCACACUGAGACUGGUCCAGGCGUCUACGAGGUGGCCAUCAACUACUCUAAGGCUCUGGAGGCUGCCGACCGUGCCAUCCUAUUCAAGUUGUCCGCCAAGGAGAUCGCUGCCAAGUUGGGUAUCAUGGCCAGUUUCAUGGCCAAGCCAUCGCUCAAGCUACCAGGCUGCAGUGGCCAUAUGCAUCAGAACUUUGCCGAUAUUAAUACUGGCGUCAACUUGUUCCACGACAAGAGCGAUCCGAAUGAGAUGUCACCAAUGUUCAAGAGCUUCCUGGCUGGUCAGCUGGAGCUGUUGCCAGAGUUCCUGCCAUUCUUUGCACCGACCAUCAACAGCUACAAGCGUUUGGUCGAUGGAUAUUGGGCACCGACCACACCGACCUGGAGUGUUGACAAUCGUACUGUCGCCAUCAGAGUGAUCAAGGGUGGCAAAGCCACACGAUCAGAGUUCAGAGUGACCGGCUCCGAUGUGAACCCAUACAUUGCCAUUGCUGCAUCCUUUGCUGCUGGCCUCUGGGGUGUUAAGAACAAGAUGGAGCUGAAGCAAAAGCCCGUCGUUGGUAACUCCUACGACCUCUACAAGAAGGGUUUGGUCCAGCGUCUGCCCAGAUCGCUGAGCGAGUCGACCGAGGUGCUGGCCAAGUCAAAGGUGGCCAGGGAGAUCCUCGGUGCCGAGUUUGUCGACCACUUUGUCAACACGAGACGCUGGGAGUACCGUCAGUUCAACCAUCAAGUACACAGAUGGGAGCAUGAGCGAUACUUUGAGAUUAUA